CAAGGAAGUGACUAAAGUGAAAGUGUAAAGCAGUUAGCUCUCAUCGAGAAGAAAUCCUUGUUUUCAAAUUAAUUUCUGAUGUUAACUACAGGAUAUUCUCUGAGGCUGAAAGGAGAAUAAAUGCAAACAAUUCUGACUCCCUGAAAAGAGACGAGUAAAAUAAAGCUUAAAAACAUAGGAGGAAGUAAAUGGCUGAAUCUUCAUCACCAACAAGAGGCAGCAGAAGGAGGAGCAUGGAAGAAUCACGUUCAUUUUCUCAUGACUCCAGCAGUCUCCUGUCUGAAGAGCAGCUGCUGUGUUCGAUCUGUCUGGAUGUGUUCACUGAUCCAGUCACCACUCCAUGUGGACACAACUUCUGUAAGAGCUGCCUUACACAGUGCUGGGAGAAGAGUCAACACUGUCAAUGUCCAUUAUGUAAAGAGAAAUUCACCAAGAGACCUGAACUGAAGAUUAAUACAACACUGAGAGAAGUUGCAGAUCACUUCAAGAAGAAAAGUGGUUCUGACAAACCUGAGGUUCUUUGUGAUGCCUGCACUGGAGAGAAGCUGAAGGCCCUGAAAUCCUGUCUGGAUUGUUGUGCUAGUUUGUGUAAAACUCAUUUAGAGUUUCAUAAUAAUAUGCCCAAACAUAAGAAACACAAACUAAUAAACCCUGUGGAGAACCUGGAGGACUACAUAUGCCAGAAACAUGAGAAACCUCUGGAGCUGUUCUGUAGAGAUGAUCUGAUGUGUGUGUGUCAGUUCUGCACUGAGACAGACCACAAGAAUCACAACACUGUUCCUAUAGAGGAUGAGAGCAGAGAGAAGAAGACUCAGCUGGUGAAAACACAGACAGAUGUGCAGCAGAUGAUUCAGGACCGACUGAAGAAGAUAAAAGAAAUCAAACACUCAGUAGACCAAAGCAAAAGAAGCACAGAGAAAGAGAAAGCAGACAGUGUUGAAGUCUUCACUGCUCUGAUUCACUUCAUUGAGAAAAGUCAGGCUGAGCUGCUCGAGGUGAUAGAGGAGAAGCAGAAAGCAGCAGAGAGGCAGGCUGAAGGACUCAUUAAAGAGCUGGAGCAGGAAAUCACUGUGCUAAAGAGGAGAGACACUGAGCUGGAGCAGCUCUCACACACUGAGGAGCAUCUCCACCUCCUACAGAUUUACUCCUCCAUGUGCAGCCCUCCACACACCAAGAACUGGACUGAGAUCAGUAUUAACACUGAUCUGAGUGUGGACACUGUGAGGACAGCUCUGUCUCAGCUUCAGAAGACUCUGGAUGAGAAACUCUCUAAAACACUCAAUGACAAGUUAAAGGAAACAGAACUGAAGAGGAUUCAGCAGUAUGCAGUGGAUGUGACUCUGGAUCCUGAUACAGCCAGUCCAUAUCUCAUCCUGUCUGCUGAUGGAAAACAAGUGACAUGUGGAGACACACAACAGAAUCUCCCUGAUACACCACAGAGGUUUAAUCAGUGUAUUAUGGUUCUGGGAAAGCAGAGUUUCUCCUCGGGGAGAUUUUAUUUUGAGGUGCAGGUCAGAGGGAAAACUGCAUGGGAUGUUGGAGUGGCCAAAGAGUCCAUUAACAGGAAGGGGAAUAUUACACUGAGUCCUCAAAAUGGAUUCUGGAUUUUGUGGCUGAGGAAUGAGAAUCAGUACAGUGCUUGUGCUAGUCCCCCUGUCCCCCUCACACUGAGAGAGAAGGUGGAGGUGGUGGGGGUGUUUGUGGAUUAUGAGGAGGGACUAGUCUCCUUUUAUGAUGUGAAGUCCAGAUCUCAUAUCUACUCUUUCACUGGUCAGUCUUUCACUGAGAAACUCUAUCCAUACUUCUGUCCUUAUUUAAAUGAAGGAGGUAAAAAUUCAGCACCACUGAUCAUCUCUCCUGUAUUUAACACAGAAUGAAUUUCACCUCACAAAUUUAACCAUCUAUUAAACACUGAGAAUAAUGAAAUGUUUUCAUUUUUCUGGUUCCUUUUAGAAAUGUAUACUCCCUUUUAUAGUGCUCUACGGAUUAUUUUAAUAUAGAGUCUUUUGAGGAGACAGAGUAGUGUAGUCAGUUUUUUUUUAUUAUUACAAAUCAAAUAUUAAUAGAAUUGUAUGAGUAUGAGCUUUACUGAAGAAUUUAAUCAGUAAAAAUGUUUGAACUGUACAAGAACUGUUUUCUGACUGCUGUGAAAAAUCCUCCUGAGGAGAUUAAACUGACUAGAGCAAGAUACAGAAUUAACCACCCGGAAAUAUACAUUUUAUUUUAUUUCUAUUUUUAAAAAAACAGCUAGCUAUUCUUUUAUAAAAAAUUCAAUAUUAGCAUGGUUUUAUUUACUACAUUCUCCACACUGAAAUGAAAUUAAAAUGUCAUUAUGUAAUAAACAGGUAAAUUCUGAGUGGGACAGUAAAUCACUGUAACUUUAAUCUGUUUGUAGUGAAGUGAUAUCGAGUUCAGUGAGACAUUAUUACAGCAAACUUUCUCUUGGAGAAAACCUUAUUUCUACAUGUAUGAAGUCUGAAUGUUUCUACUCUUUUUGUUAGGAUUUAUUUUUAUUUUGGUGUUCCAGAGAUUCAGUUUCCCUGUUUUUCCAUCAGUGCGCAUGCCCGAAAUCAUAGCGUUUUCUUCUGUUAUGUUGAGUCUCUUGUGUGUAUUCAGUGUGUGUUAGUUUUAUUAUUUUGUGUUUAUCAGGGUAAGAAAAAAUAGUAAUUAAAUACAUGCUGAACAGUACAGAAUGUUUUGUUGCAGAGUCCAGACACAGUAAGUAGGUAGUGUGUGUUAUUAUUUUAGGUUCCUCAUCUCAGCGUCACUCUAGACUUUACUCUGAGAAUAAAUGAACCUAGAAAAGUGGUUUUCUGUAGUAUGUUGCAGCUUCAUUAUAUUUAUAUCCUACUGUCAUGGUACUGAUGUGCUGUGAUCUGCUUCACAGUUUCAUUCAGCAAGAUUCAUCUCUAAUGCCAACUGGACUGUAGCUAUGUUUUGUUUUCAUGUUUUUUUUUCUGAUUUUUGAAGGAUUUAAACAUCUCUUUUCACCAUUUUUGUCUAAAAUAUGUGGCUUAUGUGAGUCAUUUACUUUAAACUUAAUAAAUGUGGUUGCCAAAUCUCUGCAAAGCUGUAAAUGCGUAUUGUAAUUGUUUCAGUUAGACAUCAUUUUCUGUAACUUUUUGUAAUUUUCUUGACAUCAUCUUUUUUUUCUUUUCUUUUUUUUUACAAUUUUUUUAUGAACAAAAUUUCAAACAAACAAAAUAAUCUUUUUGGGUAUUUUUUGUUUUGUUUGUUUGUUUUUAUUUCAAGUAUUAAUCACCAAUAAAAUAAUUCCAGCAUGUGA